AUGGAUUUCGAGGCUAACGAAGACAUCAAUGGCGUCCGAUUCUCUUGGAAUGUGUUUCCAUCGAGCAGAGCGGACGCCAACAAAAAUGUUGUUCCCGUAGGGUGUUUGUACACACCUCUGAAGGAAAAAGAGGAUCUGGAGAUCAUGUCGUACAAUCCCGUGGUGUGUGGCGGGCCACAGUGUAAAGCAGUACUCAAUCCAUACUGUGAGAUCGAUUUGCGCUCAAAUGCAUGGACAUGUCCUAUUUGCAAUUCGAGAAAUCAUUUACCAGCGCACUACGCCAACAUGAGCCAGGAUAACAUGCCAGCGGAACUCAGCAACACGACCAUCGAGUAUAUCACGAAUAGACCGGUCCAGGUUCCGCCAAUCUACUUUUUCGUGGUUGAUAUCACCGCUGAGGAGGAGAAUUUGCAGGCUUUGAAAGAAUCUAUUAUUGCGUCGCUUUCGCUACUGCCUCCCAACGCUAUGGUUGGACUGAUCACCUACGGCAACGUAGUUCAGCUUCACGAUAUCUCCUGCGAUACAAUCGACAAAUGCAACGUUUUUAGAGGUGAUCGUGAAUACCAGCUUUUGCAGCUUGUCGAAAUGCUUACCGGUGAGAAAUCAGGUGCAGCAGGCGUUGCGGGAGGGGCCACAGCUGCACCUAACGUACACUUGAACAAGGUCACUCCAUUUUCACUAAAUCGCUUCUUCUUGCCCUUGGAGCAAGUCGAGUUCAAACUGACCCAAUUGCUUGAAAAUCUUUCUCCCGACCUAUGGUCCGUGCCCGCUGGUCACAGACCAUUACGUGCCACAGGGUCUGCGUUGAACAUAGCCUCUUUGAUUCUACAAGGAUGCUACAAAAACGUUGCCGCUAGAAUUAUCCUUUUCGCUUCCGGACCUGGCACUUUGGCUCCCGGCCUAGUCGUAUCUUCUGAGCUGAAAGAUCCGUUAAGAUCUCAUCAUGACAUAGACUCUGACAACGCCAAACAUUUUAAGAAGGCCACCAAGUUUUACAGUUUGUUGGCUGACAGAGUUUCUCAAAAUGGCCACACAGUCGACAUAUUUGCAGGUUGCUACGACCAAGUUGGUAUGUCCGAAAUGAAACAACUGACAGACUCCACAGGCGGUGUGCUACUAUUGACAGACGCCUUUUCGACUUCUAUCUUCAAGCAAUCGUUCUUGAGACUGUUCUCCAGCGACGAAGAGGGUUAUUUGACUAUGGCCUUCAAUGCGAACCUGUCCGUUAAAACCAGCAGAGAUUUGAAGGUGCAGGGACUAAUAGGCCACGCCUCUCCUGUCAAGAAAACAGAUGCUGCCAACAUAAGUGACUCGGAAAUAGGUGUUGGUGGUACGUCAACAUGGAAAAUGUCCUCCAUUAGCCCUCAUCAUUCUUACGCAGUAUUUUUCGAAAUCGCUAAUACUGCAGUAACAACUGCCGGUGUUGUGGGUGGGGAUAGACCCAAAUUGGCUUACACUCAGUUCGUGACCAAUUACCAGCAUGCGUCCGGUACCAACCGCGUUAGAGUGACCACAGUGGCCAAUCAAUUGUUACCAUUCGGCUCACCAGCUAUUGCUGCAUCUUUCGAUCAAGAAGCAGCUGCGGUCUUGAUGGCAAGAAUUGCGGUGCACAAAGCCGAAUCUGACGAUGGUGCUGAUGUAAUAAGGUGGAUUGACAGGACUUUGAUCAAGUUAUGCCAAAAAUACGCUGACUACAAUAAGGAUGAUCCAAGGUCUUUCAGACUCGCACCAAACUUCUCCCUUUACCCGCAAUUCACUUAUUAUUUGAGAAGAUCUCAGUUUUUGAGUGUAUUCAACAACUCUCCUGAUGAAACAGCAUUCUACAGACAUAUUUUCACCAGAGAGGACACUACGAACUCUCUGAUUAUGAUCCAGCCCACUUUGACUGCAUUCUUCAUGGAGGAAGAGCCUCAGCCAGUGUUGCUAGACUCCGUCUCUGUGAAGCCCAAUACCAUUCUGCUCCUAGAUACCUUCUUUUACAUCCUGAUCUACCAUGGUGAACAGAUUGCUCAAUGGAGGAAGGCCGGUUACCAAGAUGAUCCGCAGUAUGCAGACUUCAAAUCUCUGUUGGAAGAACCUAAACUCGAAGCCGCGGAAUUGCUUGUCGACAGGUUCCCCCUACCAAGAUUCAUCGACACCGAAGCCGGUGGCUCACAGGCUAGAUUUUUGCUAUCUAAACUGAACCCCUCAGACAGCUAUCAAGAUCAGUCAGCUGGCGGGUCUACCAUCGUACUCACUGAUGACGUGUCGCUGCAAAAUUUCAUGGUCCAUCUACAGGAGGUAACCGUUAGUGGUCAAACUUGA